AGAAUCAGAUUACGAGGUGAUUGGUGGAGAAUGACGGUGAUGAAGAGAUACGUGCUACGGUUGUUCAUGUCGUUGAAGCACAUAACAGCGAACGUGGUGGACAGGAACAAUGGUCGAAUCGUGGCGACAGCGUCGACGGUAGAGCACUCGCUGAAAGACACAAUGGAGUGCGGGAGAUCUUGCAACGCCAAGGCGGCGACGGUGGUGGGAGAAGUAUUAGCCAUGAGACUCAAGGUAGAAGGACUGGACCAGGGGCAAGGUCGUGGGAUCCAUGCUGACGCACGCAAGGAAAUCGAGAAGAAGGGUUUCAAGAACCAGACCAAGAUCUGGGCUAUCCUCAAUGCCCUCAAAAACAACGGCGUUAAGCUCAUCAUCGACGACAAUGACGAUCAUGAUCGCCCUUUCUAAUUCUUCAGCCUAUUCCCAAUACAAUUCUAAUUGUUUUCUUUGCGGUGGACUUG